UCUCCCUCUCUCUCUAAAACGGCUCUCAGAUCUCGUACUCCAAUAAAAUAAUAUUAUAUAUAUAUAUAUAUGCAGCCAAGGCUCAUAUUUUCCGGCAUUCCGAGUCCUUCUCCGUCGUCUUGGUUGGUGCUGAGAGUGGGAGAGAAAGAUCAGCAAUUUCGUUUGUAGCUGUAGAGAGAGAAAGAGAGGGACGGUCUGGGAUCUGCAAAUUUUGUAGCAUAGCAUUGGCGUUUUAGAGAGAGAGAGAGAGAAUGAAGGUGAUUGAGAAGAUCAGGGAAGCAGCGAAGGAGGACAGGACGGUGUUCUCCUUUGAGUUUUUCCCACCGAAGACAGAGGAUGGCGUCGAGAAUUUGUUUGAGAGGAUGGAGAGAAUGGCGUCUCACAACCCUUCCUUCUGCGACAUCACUUGGGGCGCUGGCGGAUCCACCGCCGAUCUCACCCUCGACAUCUCCAACAAGAUGCAGAACAUGAUUUGUGUGGAGACUAUGAUGCAUCUGACUUGCACGAACAUGCCAGUUGAGAAGAUCGAUCACGCAUUGGAUACGAUUAAGCAAAACGGGAUUCAGAAUGUUCUUGCUCUUAGGGGAGAUCCCCCACACGGCCAAGACAAAUUUGUCCAAGUUGCUGGUGGAUUUGCCUGUGGUCUUGACCUUGUGGCGCAUAUUCGAGCAAAAUAUGGUGAUUACUUUGGCAUCACUGUUGCUGGUUAUCCAGAGGCCCAUCCUGAUAUGAUAUCUAGUGAAGGUGGAGUCACUUUGGAAAACUAUCUAAGUGAUCUUGCUUAUUUGAAAAGAAAGGUUGAUGCUGGUGCUGAUCUUAUUGUCACUCAAUUAUUUUAUGACACAGAUAUAUUUCUUAAGUUUGUCCAUGAUUGUCGUCAAAUUGGAAUAACUUGUCCUAUUGUGCCCGGCAUCAUGCCCAUUAAUAACUACAAAGGCUUCGUGCGCAUGACUGGGUUUUGCAAAACUAAGAUUCCUGAUGAAAUUACAAAAGCCUUGGAGCCUAUUAAAGAUAAUGAAGAGGCUGUUAGGGCCUAUGGCGUACACCUUGGAACUGAAAUGUGCAAGAAAAUUCUUUCUCAUGGAAUCAAGACAUUACAUCUAUACACUCUUAAUAUGGAGAAGUCAGCACUGGCCAUUUUAAUGAAUUUGGGGCUAAUUGACGAGUCAAAGAUAUCCAGGCCAUUUCCAUGGCGGCGUCCUGCAAAUGUUUUUCGUGUCAAAGAGGAUGUUAGGCCCAUCUUUUGGGCCAAUCGUCCAAAAAGCUACCUAUCAAGGACUCUGGGUUGGGAACAAUAUCCUCAUGGGAGAUGGGGUGAUUCAUGCAAUCCAUCUUAUGGAGCACUUACUGAUUACCAGUUCAUGAGACGGCGGUCGCGCAACAAGAAAAUUCUGGAAGAAUGGGCUGUUCCAUUGAAAUCUGUUGAAGAUGUUAAGGAGAAAUUUACGAACUACUGUUUGGGGAAAGUUAAAAGCCAUCCGUGGUCAGAGUUAGAUGGGCUUCAGCCAGAGACUUUGAUGAUUAAUGAGAAACUGGGACAGGUUAACUCGAAGGGAUUUUUUACUAUUAACAGUCAACCUGCUGUCAACGGGGAAAAAUCUGAUUCUCCUUCUGUUGGAUGGGGAGGACCAGGGGGAUAUGUAUAUCAAAAGGCUUACUUGGAAUUCUUCUGCUCAAAAGAGAAGUUGGAUGCUCUUGUUGAGAACUGCAAGGGUCUUCCUUCUGUCACCUACAUUGCAGUCAAUAAGCAAGGGGAAAGAGUGUCGAACGUUGGCCCCAUUGCGGUGAAUGCGGUGACAUGGGGUGUCUUCCCUGCAAAAGAGGUCCUCCAACCCACUGUAGUGGACCCUGUUAGCUUCAUGGUUUGGAAGGAUGAGGCUUUUGAGAUCUGGAACAAGGGAUGGGGGGUCUUGUACCCAGAAGGGGAUCCUUCAAAGCAGAUCCUAAACGAGGUGCAGAACUCUUACUUCCUGGUCAGCUUGGUUGAUAACGAUUAUGUCCAUGGUGAUCUUUAUGCGAUGUUCAGUGACAUUUAAGAACAAAUACUGGUUUUUAUUACAUUAAGCAACCCCAAAAAAGCCUGUUCUUUUUGUUUUUCGUGAUGUAUUUUCGUUUCUCAUGCGAGGUCUAUCUAGGGGGUAGCUGUAUUCUUGGAUGUUAAGAUCAAGUUGUUUGAUACCUUGAUCAGUGUAUUAUGAUUCACAGUUAUUUUUUAAACCGCAUGAGUGGGAUGUUCAAUGAAGCAUGCGCUUGAAAUA